CUCACUCUCUCUAGUCUCUAUCCCAAGUGUCAGGAGGAUCAAUAGUCUGGACUCGCAUAAUGGCCUCAUAUCCUAAGAAGAAGUGCGGUGUCCUCGGAGCCACUGGCUCGGUUGGCCAACGGUUCAUCCUCCUGCUUGCCGACCACCCUUUCCUGGAACUGCACGCCGUCGGUGCCUCGGAGCGCUCCGCUGGAAAGGCCUACAAGGAUGCUGUGAGAUGGAAGCAGACUACGGCUAUGUCCGAGAAGCUCAGCAACCUUGUCCUUCGUGAUUGCAAGGCCGAGCAGUUCGCCGACUGCGACUUGGUCUUCUCUGGACUCAACAGUGAUGUGGCGGGCGAUCUCGAAAUGGAAUUUAUCAAGGCCGAUAUCCCCGUUUUCUCCAAUGCUAAGAACUACCGCAAGCAUCCCUUGGUCCCGCUCAUUGUCCCUACUGUCAACCCUCACCACUUCGACCUCAUUCCUCACCAGAGAAAGCACUUUGGCCUGAAGAAGGGCUUCCUGGUCUGCAACUCUAAUUGCGCCGUCAUCGGCAUCGUCAUCCCAUUCGCCGCGCUCCAGGCCAAGUUCGGUCCUGUUGUCGAAGUGGAAGUCUUUACUGAGCAAGCUCUGUCCGGAGCCGGUUACCCUGGUGUUCCCAGCAUGGACAUUUUGGACAACGUCAUUCCGUUCAUCAGCGGCGAGGAGGACAAGCUCGAGAAUGAGGCGCAGAAGAUUCUGGGUUCUCUGAAUGCUGAUGCUACUGGUUUCGAAGAGCAAGCCGGCCUCAGAGUAGGCGCGACUUGCACUCGUGUUGGAGUCACUGAUGGCCACAUGGCAUUCGUUUCCCUGCGCUUCAAGAACCGCCCGGCGCCCAGCGCAGAGCAGGUGGUUCAAGCGAUGAGAGAAUAUCAGUCCGAGGCGCAGAAGUUGGGUGCCCCGUCGGCUCCUGCAGAGGCUAUCAAGGUUUUCGACGAACCCGAUCGGCCCCAACCCAGACUCGACCGCGAUAUCCACAAGGGAUACACCGUUAGUGUCGGACGAGUCCGUGAGGGUCAAGAAGGUGGCUAUUUCGAUAUCCGAUUUGCUGCCUUGUCGCACAACACCGUUCUGGGCGCUGCGGGAUCGUCUAUCCUCAAUGCUGAGGUUGCCGUGAUUAAGGGCUACAUCUAGACAUUCUAGAUGAUAAAAAUGUAUAUAGAGACUUGG